AUGACUGGUCUGUGUACGACUGGUCUGUGUACUAUUGACCUGUGUAUGACUGGCCUGUGUACGACUGGCCUGUGUACUAUUGACCUGUGUAUGACUGUCCUGUGCACGACUGUCCUGUGUAUGACUGUCCUGUGUAUGACUGUCCUGUGUAUGACUGUCCUGUGUACGACUGGCCUGUGUAUGACUGUCCUGUGUAUGACUGUCCUGUGUAUGACUGGCCUGUGUAUGACUGUCCUGUGUAUGACUGUCCUGUGUAUGACUGUCCUGUGUAUGACUGUCCUGUGUACGACUGUCCUGUGUAUGACUGUCCUGUGUAUGACUGUCCUGUGUAUGACUGUCCUGUGUACGUCUGGCCUGUUUGCAACUGGCCUGUGUAAGACUGGUCUGUGUACGGCUGGCCUGUGUACGACUGACCUGUGCUAUGACUGGCCUGUGUACGACUGGCCUGUGUACUAUUGA